AUGGCCUCGGCACGGCAAGACUUCAUCGCACCAUGGUGGACCUACUGGCUGCAUAAUUUUACCCAUCUGAAUUUUAGUUUCCAGCGGGUUGAUGACACAUUUAGACCGGAGGAGGCAACAUAUCAGCAGUCACUGAUCAUCCUAGCCUGUUCUGCAGCAAUUGGCCUGGGGCUGAGCCUGUUGGUUCUGGCCGUCUACCUGUGCUGCUCUUGCUGCUGCCGUAGGGAGGAGGAAGAGGAGACCAAGAGGCCCGAUACCUGCUGUGUCACGUGGACAGCCGUCAUCACUGGUCUCGUGAUAUGCUCUGCAGUGGGUGUGGGUUUCUAUGGAAACAGCGAGACCAACGAUGGGGUGUAUCAGUUGACCUACUCAAUGUACAAUGCUAAUCAGACUCUUGGUGGCAUCGAUAGCUUGGUGACUGGCUCAUUGAGUAGUAUGCAGACCGGGCUGAAAGAUCACCUGGCCCGGUUGGAUGAGAUCUUUUCCACGCGGGGAGACUAUGUCCAAACUCUGCGCUUUAUGCAGCAGAUGGCUGAUAACAUCAUUCGACAGUUGAUGGCCAUGCCAGACAUCAGUAGAGCCAGCGUAGACCUGGCUGCUAUUGCUGAUCAGACCAGCUAUGUGGAGUAUUACAGAUGGCUUACUUAUCUGCUCCUGCUGAUUCUGGACCUGGUCAUUUGCCUGCUGUUGUGCCUGGGAUUGGCAAAGCAGUCACGAUGGGUUCUUUCCAUCAUUAUGGUAUUUGGGAUUCUGACUCUGGUCCUCAGCUGGGUGUCAUUAGGAGCAGGUACUGCCACUGCAGUGGGUACAAGUGACUUUUGUGUGUCCCCUGAUAAGUUCAUAGUCAAUCAAACCAAGGACUUCCUCAGUUCAGACAUAGUUCACUAUUAUCUGUACUGCAGCCAAAGUCUCUCCAAUCCCUUCCAACAGUCUCUGACCAUCUUCCAGAGAUCUGUGACCACCAUGCAGAUCCAGGUGCAGGGCUUACUACAGUUUUCCCUUCCUAUUUUCCCUACGGCGGAGAGGGAUCUGCUGGGAAUUCAACAAAUCUUGAAUUCCUCUGAGUUUAAUUUGCACCGGCUGACAGCCCUGUUAGACUGCCGUAGCCUGCAUAAGGACUACCUGGACGCUCUAAUGGGUGUGUGUUACGAUGGCGUUGAGGGCCUCCUCUAUCUGUGCCUGUUCUCCUUGCUAGCAGCAAGUGCCUUCUCUGUGAUGCUGUGUGCCAUUCCCAGAGCCUGGAAGCUUAUAGCCAGCAGGGACAGAGACUACGACGACAUAGAUGAGGAAGACCCGUUUAAUCCGCAGGCUCGCCGCAUGACGUACAACCCGAGCCGGGCCCAUGUGCACAGUUUCUGUAGCUACAGUAGCAGCAUGGGCAGUCAGACCAGCCUGCAGCCGCCUGCACAAGCUGCAUCUGGUACAACCACCGCAGAGUACAUGAAUCAGUCCAUGCUAUUUGGAGGGAAUCCGCGGUAUGAAAACGUCCCGCUGAUUGGGAGAGGUUCACCGCCACCUUCGUACUCUCCCAGUAUGAGGACCACCUACCUAUCUAUGACUGAUGCCCAGAUAAGACACUUUGGGACUGAUUUUCAGGUGUAG